UUAAUAAGUAAGCAAAUAAAACAGCAAGCCGGGAGCUAGCUAGCUAGCUAGGAUGUCAGAAAUGGCUACCAGCCCCAGUGCCCUGCACAUGCAGGCGGUUGCCUUAGGCGCCGCCGUGUUUCUCCUCUCCUGCCUUGCGUCGGCUCAGCAGCCGCCGGCGCCGGGCUGCCUCGACAAGUGCGGGGACAUCAACAUCACCUAUCCCUUCGGCGUCGGCGGCGCCCAUUGCUUCCGCGAUAAAAGCUUCCAGCUCGAGUGCAACGUCGUCGUCAACAAUUCCCAUCCACGCCUCAUCAUGCCUGCCUAUAAUCAGCAGCUGCUCAGCCUGUCCCCCGACGGCGAGGCGCUCGCCGCCCUCGACAUCCAACAUGAGGCCUACUACUACAACUGCAACGCGAGCCAUCCCACCGCCAGCGCCAGCAGCCAGCCGAACAACAUGACGUUUGCGACCCUCAACAAAAGCACUGUCUACCGCUUCCCCGUGUCCACGUACCGCUUCAACGCCACCACCAACAGCUACGUCGUGCCCGUCGCGCUGGACUGGGCCAUCCGGGACGUCCACAACUGCAGCGCCGCCAAGCUCAACGCCACCAACUACGCGUGCCGGAGCGCCAACAGCAAAUGCUCCGACACCACCGAUGGCGCCGGGUACCGGUGCAGAUGUUCCGGGGGCUACGAGGGCAACCCCUACCUCCAUGCCGGAUGCCAAGACAUCGACGAGUGCCAGAGGACAAACGAGUACCCGUGCUUCGGCAACUGCAUCAACAUGCCGGGAGGGUUCUCGUGCAGCUGCCCGCCUGGUACUCGUGGCAAUCCGACCAUUAAAAGCGGCUGCGUCAAAACUAAUCAAGGAUUAACCACGGGAUCAAUUAUUGGUAUCGGAGUUGGCAGUGGCGCUGGGCUAUUGGUCAUGGCACUCGGUGCAGCCUUUUUAACACGUAACAUUAAGAAUCGGAAAGCAAGAAUACUGAGACAGAAAUUCUUCAAACAGAACCGUGGGCAUUUGUUGGAACAAUUGGUAUCUCAAAACGCUGAUAUUGCUGAAAGAAUGAUCAUCCCCUUGGCAGAACUGGAGAAGGCAACAAACAAUUUUGAUGAAUCACGGGAGCUUGGAGGAGGGGGACAUGGCACCGUGUAUAAAGGGAUUUUAUCGGAUCUUCAUGUUGUUGCAAUCAAAAAAUCAAAAGUUGCAGUCCAAAGGGAGAUUGAUGAAUUCAUAAACGAGGUAGCCAUUCUCUCACAAAUCAACCAUCGUAAUGUGGUCAAACUUUUUGGAUGUUGCCUCGAGACAGAAGUACCAUUGUUGGUCUAUGAAUUCAUAUCAAAUGGUACCCUUUACGACCAUCUUCAUGUGGAAGGACAACCAUCAUUGCCAUGGGAAUAUAGGCUCAGAAUUGCAACCGAAACCGCUAGAGCACUUGCCUACCUUCACUCGGCAGUAUCGUUCCCUAUAAUCCACAGGGAUAUCAAGUCCCAUAACAUCCUAUUAGAUGUCUCACUAACAACAAAAGUGUCAGAUUUUGGAGCUUCAAGGUGCAUUCCUGCUGAACAAAAUGGGGUCACAACCGCUAUUCAAGGAACACUAGGAUACCUAGACCCCAUGUACUACUACACAGGACGUCUCACAGAGAAAAGUGAUGUUUUUAGCUUCGGUGUUGUUCUAAUAGAGCUACUUACCAGGAAGAAACCAUACUCAUACAGAUCGCCUCAGGAUGAUAGUCUUGUUGCACAUUUCACUGCCCUACUCACACAUGACAACUUGAGUGACAUACUUGAUCCUCAGGUGAAGGAAGAGGGAGGCAAAGAGGUGAAUGAAGUAGCCGUGUUAGCCGUGGCAUGUGUAAAGUUGAAAGCAGAUGAACGACCGACUAUGAGGCAGGUGGAGAUGACGCUUGAAACUGUUCGAUCAUCGUUGCUGCGGCAAGAACUGGUACCUAGUGUGGCCGCGGAAGAAUCCAAGGAGAAACAUGUCUCAUGGAGCUAUCCGGUAAGCGAGGGCACAAGCAUAGAGUCGAGUAGGCAAUAUAGUAAUGAUGAAGAAUAUUUGUUGUCAUCGAGGUACCCUCGAUAGUGGAUUUUUAUCCCUUUUUUUAUUGUGCAAGUUUGGAUCAAUAGUAAACGGUGCUCUCAUGUACAAUGUCUAGAUGGCCCUUUAUGAUAUCCAUGCAUUUCAUUGCUAUAUGUACAACAAUAUUUUUUUCGUUGUCAUUUAUCUGAACGUGUGUGCUUUUUUGUAUGGUUUGUUCAAUGUAAUAUAUGUUUAUCGACAAAUUUUCUCAUUUAAAUUUGUUGAAUAUUUAUUUGUUUGAUU